AUGGUGAAGGUCGGUGGUGAAGACGUAGAAGCUCCAGGCAACUCGCCCUGGCGCGUCCUCUGUCAUCCGCCAAGCUCGGACCACUUCACCACACCAAAGCUUCGCUGCGACGAUUUCACCACUUCGACCCGCAAGGACGGACUAGAAGAUUGA